AGCUACGCAAUAUAAUGCGCGGUCAGGGCAUGUUGGUGUAUGCGAUCGUCCUAAGGUAUAUCUGUCGCGUUGUGAUUGGUUCAUUUCUCGAGCCGAGUUUCAACCAAUCGUCACAUGUUUGAAUCGUGAGUCACUCUAGCUUGGCCAGGCUGCGCUGCGAAGGCUAAAGUCUGUGCUGUAGGCUACACGCGAUGCGCUAGUCACUGGUGGUCACAUGCACAGAUCGGGAUUACGUCCCAUCUUUGGACGCUUUGCUGUCGAAUUCUUCCCAGUGCAGUGUUGUCAGCCAGACGACCCUCGUUUGUAUUAACCUAUCCAGGACGUGGACUGUCAUCGCAGUAUUCGCUCAGCGCUUGGGGAGCGUCGGACGACUAGACUGACGAUAUCCCUGUAUCGCUAGCUAAAUCAGCUGUAAGGAAAGCCUGCAAGUGAUUUACACAGCUGUACGCCACAAGCAUAGUUCUACAGACAUACAACUACGGCGAUUCCAGACCAGACAAAGAAUUGCGUAUCGAUGGUGCUAUUAUGUCUCGCUGCACAGCGGACGCUAAGGUAGAAAUUGUAAAGCUCUGCCUUUCAAACAAGAUUGAAAAUUACAAAGGUGACGGCGAACGAGAUGGCUGCGUCACCUGGAGAAAGUGUCUCUAAUGUGGAUUCAAGUACAACCGGAGGCCUGUCACUGUCCAUCAUAGGAUAAUGACCAAUCGUUAUCAACCUGUCGGAGGGGAACACCGCCCCAUGGUGCCGGACUCCACCCGUUACGUGUCUCGCGGGAGCCAUAUCGGCCGAGGCGGUCCGUUCCCACACUGGUACAGAGGGCACCCGCCCAGUCGAUUCCCAAGAAGGCCACCGAUUCGUCGGCGAGGUCAUCUUUAUCAUCCAAGAGAUGUGUACGAUCAUCUGUCUGAUGGAGACUGGAGACGGGAUAAACACGCCAGCAGUCGAAAUUACUCAGGUCGACACUCACAUAAUUACGAUUACUACCGACGAAAGCAUGGUGAACAUAGGCCGCUCCCCGCGGGUGUGGCUAAGUCGCCUGGGCGCGAACGCUCGCGAGGGAAUCAGUGGCAUCAGAUGUAUGGUCCUCAGAGAAGCCACGCGAUGCCAUACCAAUCACAAAAUAUGCAGCGCCUGUCUGUGAUUGAUUUCUCUGCAGAUGACACAGCUUGGGAAAGUCUCAGAGUAGGUGGCGCUAUCACAGCGGGAUCAACGCGGGAUGCUUGUAUAGGGUCAAGUACCUCCAGUACUCCAACCUCUCUGGACAGUUUACCCACAUCCCGCCAUUCGAAUGGAAAUGAUACCGAAAAACAUUAUCAGACUAAUUCGGGAAAUGUUGAUUCAAACUGUAAACAAUCAAAUAAUUGCUCAAAUACGAAAGAUACAACCGAUUCGUUGGACCUUGCAAGAAUUCAAGACUCAAGAGCUGAGGCAGAUUUGAACUGCGUUAAAGACUUUCCCGGGAAGCAAAAUAGGGUUGAUGCUGGCGGGGACAAAGUUGAAUUAGCCAGAGAGAGUCCAACGCUUUCCGCAAACACCGGAAAGGAAAACAGUUAUGACAUUGGUAUGGAAAAUAACCAGAACUCUUCCGUGACAACUGAAAUUGUGGCGGCUCAAAAAAUUUCAAAUUCGCUAGGAGAAUCUGUACCUGAGAAUAUUCAGUCUGUGCUUUCUAAGCACCCAGUUGUCAAGUUGACUAGACUAUCGGCCCACCAGUUGCUCAAAUAUUCCGUUUUAAAUCCCUGCAGUAAUAGUAUGGGGAUUUCAACUACUCAAUCAGUCCCAAAAUCAAGAGUCCCAAAGAAAGAUACAGUUUUUAAGGAAGGAACGGAAGCUCACUCAGAAAUGUUCACUAAACACACGUUUUCUCCCCAUAGAAACGAAGUGCCACGCGACCUGGAUGGGUCUGGAACUAAUAACUGUGGUGUUACUGAACAGGACUCCGGGUCCAAUUCUCUUACCGUGGACCCCAAGGUCAUGCCUAUGUCCCUGGUGCUACACACAACCCCAGGGGCUGAGCGGGCAGAAGACAAAGUGUUCACACCAACUAAACCUCGAACAAGUGUCUCGGAAAAAGGCCCUGUUAAGAAGACACACGUUGGUCAUGUGGAUAUUAAUAAAUUAAAGGAAAGGUUAAGAGAGGCUAUGGCCUCGAGGAACAGUCAUAUUAUGAAGAAGUUUUCUCUCCAUAAAGCUAAGAAUGAGACCAAACUUUCUCCAGCAGAUUUGCCCUGUGAGUCUGGAAAUGCAGACGGUGAUAAAUCGGGAUGUAAGCUGAAACUUUUUUCUGAUGAACCUCCCCCUUCGCUGGAACCCGAAUGCGAAAGUGUUAAAGAUGUCAUCCUACCCAUUCCGGAUCUUACUUCGGAAACACAGCGGGCAUCAAUUCAGCCUUCAGACUCACAGAACCAAGCAGAAUUCACUACUCCUGAUACUAGUUUGGAGCAAGCGAGUGAAAAAAAGAUAAAUUAUGAGCUGAGUUCGCCAAGGCGUCCCGAGAGCAUUACAGUAAGCCUUGAGGACGCAUGCAAAGCGUGCGAAGCUCUAGUGGAUUAUGUUCCAAAAGUCGUUGUUUUGAACGGACCAGGCGUUAGUGUAGUUAGUGUGUCAAGUAAAGAUAACGUCACUGAUUGCACUGCUGAAGACACCAUCCGUGAAAACCAAAGUAAUUAUAGUGUAAAUUCAAACACGGGGCCCGACGCCAUUCCAUCUUCAAACUCGGCUUCGACCUUUCACCUGAAAGCUGGCGAGGAUACCCAUACUGCUGAUCAUGAUACUAUGUCUUCGAAUUCGUCUAACCGUGAUCCUACUAAUGACGAAAACCCGGAAGAACGUGGCUGUAAUAAUUCUUAUGUAUCUAUUCCGGGUACUGAAAGUGUAGACACAAUCGACGAAAAGUCUGAAAAUCCAGCGGCCGCUGAAGAUCCAAGCCUUCCUGCUAACAGUACUUCUGUGGAAAGCAUUUCUGAUCCCAAUAACUCUGUCGAGUCAGUAAUCAUUGACCAAACAGCCUGUGACCAAGUGAAUACCUUGGUUUCUGAAGGUAAAACAGGCGAAAUGAAGCCAAAUGCAGAGGCUGUGGAGUUACACGUGGAUUCAUCCGACAGCAUUAGGGAUCCAGAGGGUGAACAGAGCGCUGUAGACGCUGCUGAAGGUUUGUUGUGUCUGGCGAAGAGUGGUGUUAAAAUAUUCGGAGCGGAAGAAAAAUCCGCAAGUAAAGACGUCCAACAAAACCUUUUCAACUCCGCGUCAGACGAUGAUGUUAGUGGUAUCCCAGUACAACGAAACCAGGAAUUUUCAGGUGUGCCAUUGAUAACUAAUGCGGUGAAUAAUGCAGUGAGUGUUCAACAAAGUGAUGGAAACAUUAGCAACCUUACUACUCCCGGUAUAAACAAAACUCAAGUCACUCCCAACAGUCUCCAGGCAUCACUUUCUUCCAGCUCAUUAGUUGUUACACAGCCAUCUGCACUGCCUCUAACGCAGCCAAUAACGCCCCCUGAUGGACACGGCAAUGCCCCAACCCCACACACGGCAAUACCACAACCCGCAUUUCUUGUCUUAGGUGCGCUACAACUUCGUAAAAAAAUUCCACAUAAGGUAAAACCUCGGAAAAAAAUGAAGCGGGAAAACGUCCUGCGGCCUCUGUUACCAAAGACAAAUGGAAGUGAUUUGGAACAAAGAACUGAAACGGACACAGUAUUGUCUUCGGAUAACACUACAGUCGACAUGAAUAAACGAGAUACAAAGAUACUAGAGACUGAAUCCGAACUGUUAGAUUUGUCGAUGAAAACCAACGAAAGCCCGCCGGACGGCUCUAUGAUGACAUCCGAUCUCAAUGACGGGAAAUCGGAUUUUGGCCAAACUACAACGUCUGAGCCCAACGUAGACGCCUGUACAGGCUUUAGUGGCUUAGCUAUGCAAAAUCAGAGUUCCAUACAAGACGGUGCACCCCAAUCAACAUCACCAAAUUCAUUAAUUGAGAAGAACUCUUCAAAAACAGACAGGUUUUCACCAGUAUUGAGCGAGAUCAGACCUGACUCGCUUCAACAAGAAGGGGAAAUCUCUAAACACAGGUUAAAAUUAUUGAUAUCAAAUCUGCGUGAAACUCUUGGAAAGAAAAUGCCGCUUCACCCAAUGAAUCUUCGGGUAAAAGGUCCAGAUGUCGGUAAUCCGUCAGGUGAAGGGGAUCCUGCCGAAGAGGAAGAAUCAGUUACAGAAGAUCCGCCAAAGAAGGCAAGAAAUGCCAAGAGAUCCACAAGAUCAGCUGUGAACAGCGCCAGGAAAAACAAACGGCGAAGGAAUGGUGCCAAGAGAAAAACAGGCCGCAGAAAUGUUCAGGGGAGAACAAAGAAUAAUGCAACCACAACAAAAUCACAAGUGUUCAGACGGCGGACACCAAAAGCAAAUGUGGUCGUGAAAGAUUUUUAUACGCGUCUACGCGCAAAGACCGAAGGUAAACUUAGUCGAGCACAAUUAACAGGCCGAAAACAAAAUCGGAGGCAAGCCUGUAACAAAAGAGGCGUGAGAGAAAAUGAAACAGAUUGUUUAGCUGCUCACAUUCCUGAAACACUAGAAUUGAAAGAUGCGUUACUGGCCACUGCAAAAGUGGAUCUGUAUAACACUGACACUCCUGAUACAUUCGUGGAAGAGGGGAGGUUGGUUAUUGACAGUAAUCUCGAAACCUUGGAAUUAACAAACCAGCUUCCACAGCAAGAGGAUCCAUCCGUCGCCAUAGACAUGACCCUGAAACAGAAACCGAUUCAAUCCAGACAGCGCAAAAUUGAUGGUCGCCGCAAGAAGAAAGGGAGACGGAACCAUCUUAUCAGUAGUUUAGAGGAAUACAAGAAAAAACUGGGCUGUGAAGAUACGGAUGAUCUGCCGACGAUUUUACCCCCGAAACGCCGCCGUACCCAGACCAAAACACCACAGCCUCCAAAGAAGGCCAUGGAAGACCCCUUGGACGGCAAUAUUUCGCGAUUGGCCCGGGAAUUUCCACGGCACAAUUGGCUAGAAAAUAAAAUUAAGAACAUCACCGCGGGACAAAAGACGUCAUCGGACACAAAUUCCUCGCCUUCACCUGUGCCUACGACUUCAAAGCCCCCGUCACCGAGUUCCCUGACCGACGCCAAGUCGACGCUAAGACAAACUGACGACUGUCCACCACCACUUACGCCUAUCGGCUCAGCUAGUCAGACCAACUGCAAUGCCCUGGAUAUGCCAGACACCGACGGAAGCCAGCAACCGGAGACCACUGCUGAGGUUAACCGAAAUCUUACUGAUGACCAAAGGUCAAGGUCAGUUGAGCAAAAUGGCAGGAGUCGGGAUGAUGAGGUCAACGGCGAGGAAUUUGUAUCCGAAUCACGCGAAAAAGUGCCGUUUACGGCCACAAUAGAAAGCAUUAUCCACCACGCAAAGCUGGAUAAACAAAACGACCCACCGGGAGACAUGUGCCGUGAAACAGCCAAUAGUGACGCCGAUGGUCGCUUGACGGGACAGAACGGAGAAAUCUCUGCCGGCUCCCAACGUGGAACACCAGCUGCUUUAAUAGAUGUUGGCUCGGUUUCCGUGACAGAGAGGGUGGAUGAUGAGGCGCCGGAACAUCAGUCAGGGACCGAAAAUUCUGACGCAACCAAUGACCCUACUGUGUCCGCACCUCUACAAAAGACGGACGGAAGUGAUAAUGUUGAUAUGCUCUCCAACUCCAACCCGCAUUUGGAAACACAUUCUGAAAUGGAAUCAUUGCAAACCGACAAGGGCAUAUUACUAUCGGAUUGCGCCUUAACCAUCAGUGACACAUCAACACCGCUAUGCAGGGAGGGAGAGUCUAGAAGCCUAAGCGCGCAGAUACCCAAUACCGACGAUCCACAAGUGCCUUUGAAUCUAUGUGUAAAGCCUCUAGAUCGCACUUGGCAACCAGAGAAGAACUUUCCUGUUAACAUACCCAGUGAGAUACAAUCACAGAAUACGGAAGCAUCAGUGCCACUUGCCGAGACAAUGAAAAACGGUCCACCUGUACUAAAAGUCCUCCCUCUUGUAAAACAAGGGGUUAAUUCAAGCCCGGAGGAGUUCGUCUCUUCUGUGAAACAUGCUAUGCGUUGCAGUGCUGAGCUGAUUCAAACGUUGUCGACUCCACAAGCUCCCAGUUCACAAGGUGCAUUGAACGAGGGGCACCCGAGCCAAGGGAGGGGACCAGUGCCACCUGUUCCAGCUCUAGUUCCUCUGUCUGUUGCCUCGUCUAAGUGGCCGCCCUUGGAACAGUGUGCGUCAAACGAAUCCCAGAAGGAGCCUGGCGUGGUUACGCGGGAGAAGUGGGCUGAGAGACGUGUUGAAAAUUCGAGAGAUUCCGGGAUUUUGAGGUCGUCGAGCGCAGACUCAGUUGCAGCUUUGAGUGGACCCGGUAGCACGCAUACUGACUUUGGACAUCUAAAGAGAAGCAGUUUGAACGGUGGUGAGAUAGAUUGUAUUGCGGAACCCUCAUUUCAGGAACAUAGUCCUUCCUCACCGCCCUCAACAGAGCUGCAAGUGCUUAUCAAGGAGUUCAAAGGGCUGGAAAAGAAAGCUGAAGAGACAGAGAAAGAACUGAAAAAGAUUCUGUCUCUCCGGAAACAAAAGAAAGAAGAGUUGGUUUAUUACAUGAGACAACGUCUAGGGGUUUCGCGGAACACGGAUUCCCAAUGUAGAAACGUGUCACUUCAGCCAGAAGAGCAGGAUCAUGAUCCCGACUGGACGGAAGUGUUCCAGGUCAGAGAACUCAUGUCAUCACCUGCAGAAUACUCGGAAAUCCCAUUCUGCUCUGCCAACAGGAACAACAAUAAUACCUAUAACAUACCUUGCUCGCCUCAGACUCCAGAGUCUAACAGACUACGCCACAGUUCGGGUGAUCCCUUUUCGUCUGUGUCUUCGGAUAGUGUUAAAAACACCAGAUCUGAAAGCAGUAUGUUAAGACCAUCAGGCAAAAGGCAUAGGACAAGCACAGGAAUAGAUUUAUCCGCCAAGCGCAGGCUUGUUUCGGGUCAGGUCAACCCACCACAAGCUCACUCCAAACCCUCCGUUGAUUCCGUGUGGACAAUGAUGGAUAUUCCAUCCAUUCAGGCAUCAAAGUCUGCUAUUUCCACUUGUCCCUAUGUACAAUCCUCGACGCACGAAGUGCCAGAGUAUUUGAAAGCAUCGGAUCAAAGUUUGAAAGCUCACCCAGCUCAUUCGCAAAAGCCCUUUGAAAUAGCAGGGGUAAUUAUCACAGCUCAACCUGACGACCGAAUGGCACGUUCACAAAGACCUCACGUAACACACAUAUCCGGCCAGGAGAAGGGCCUAAGCAGUGUACCCAUCAAGUCUGGCACCAUUCAGCAAACACAUGGUUCACCCCAUGGUUCUCAGAUAAACGAGCCGAAUUCAAGUCGACCUGCUGGGACGUUGCAAGAUCGACCUCCUCAGUUUUAUUGCAGUGGACCACCGCCGCAAGGACUGACGGACGCAGUCCACAUGAAACUUCCCGUAGCCUCUCCGACAAAGCACAGUUGCUCGGAACAGCUUAACCCGGCGGCUUCGGGAUAUUCGGAAAAAACAAGAACCAUGCUUGAGUAUGUAGACUUGCGCAAAUCUCCGGAGAACAUAGUUAGAAGGGUACCACUUCCACCAGGCUUACAUUUCGGGACUUAUCCCAGCGAGAAGUUUUCUCAAACAGCCCCAAUUAGGUCUCAUGGUUUGCCAACCUCUGUCCAGCAAAACUCCCAGAUACUACAGCACAGGACAACAAUGGCAUCUGAGAAGGAGCAAAAUGUUCAACGAGAACUUGCUGCAACAAUUGAGAAGCAGAGACGAUCUAAACUUCACGACCACGACUCACUGCAGCCUCAUAUGGUUCCUUGGCAACCUACGUCUCAUCCAGGUAAUUUAAUCAGACGCCCUGAUGGGGCUUCAUGCUAUCCACAAAGCACCACUAGCGGGUUAAUGGCGCCUCACAUGAGCAAGCCGCACCCUGCAACAUCACAAGGGAAGCCUCAGCCCUCUGGCAAUAUGAUCUACACGAUGCCGCCGUACUCAGCCCAAGUCAGACCCGCUAAACCAAUGCCCCCUGGCAACCAAACCUCUGUGAAUACUACAAACCCCUUCUCGGACAAACCACAAUUUGUGGCGCCGGGGCAAAAAGAGCUCACUCCAGGGCAUAGCCAGUUCUUGACACAUCCUCGUGGGACUCCCGUACAUUAUGCGCAUCCGCCCUCUGCCGAGGUUGUUAUGGCUGGUCGAGGAGGAGUACCCGUAUCAUCAGCUGGGCACCACCCUCCUCAGCUGGUCCAAGCCCUCGUCAGUCCACCAAUGCGGCCUCGGAUGUCUCAUUUCAUGCCACCUCGGCAGAAAAUGCCUGACCCAAGAGGUAUCGGGCAGGGCCAGACAUUUUUCAAAGUGCAAGAUGCUCACAAUCCCUCAAUGAGGCCUCCGAAUGCGUAUCGCCCUGAAGGUUCCUAUCAUCCACAGAGAUACCCGAACCAUAAUGUUCCCAUCCAGCAGUUUGCCGUUCCUAAUUCAUCUGCUGGUUAUAUGAGGAUGCCUUCCUCGAACAACGUUGAAGUCGUAGGGAAGUUUGUGGAGCUACCCCGCAGGAAUAAUCUAGAUGACAGACCCCCUGGUUAUUUGCCAAGUCACCACAUUAAGGACCUAUCAGGGAUCCACACAGCGUCUGGAGGUCCUCAGCCACAGGCCAGCGGCCGACCUACAAAUCAGAGCCCGCAACAACAACAUCCACGACUUGUCAGUCACAGCCCCUCAAAACAGGGAAGCGUUCGACAGAGUCCCGUGAACCACGGUCAUCUUCAAGAGAAUCCGAUGCAUCAAGCCAUGACACAUCUCUCUGUGGGACACCACACUUCUGUGCACCAAAGUCACGUUCCACAGAGCUCUGCCCAUCAGAUUGCUGCCCAUCCAUUUGCUGAUCGACAGCCAACUAAUCAACAGUUCACCAACAGGACACACGGGCGUGUGCCGUCACAACCAAAGGGUGGCGAGAGUGGCCAAAAGAGGCAAGGGUCAAGGUCGACUGAUUUCAACUGUGCGGAAUGCAACAGGAAGGCGAACAUGAUCUGUUCAAGAUGUGAAUCUAUUCGCUACUGUUCGAGGGAAUGUCAGAUCAAAGGGUGGCUUGAGCACGGACAACACUGUAAACCACGCACCAGCACCCGAUAGCGAGUUACCUCCCAUCUGUCUAUUGAUAACAGAGAGGAAUUCAUUCCUUUACCGUAACCCACAUACUGAAAACUAUCCCCAAGAAGUGCCGGGCAGUCGAACAAUCCAAGGGAGGUAAUUUUGUCUCCGGAGGCUAACAGCGAAUCGAACACAAUUUAGUGCUAAAGGGGUUAGUGUUAAUUUGAUAACACGAAUAUGAAAGCCCUUCGGAAUAAUCACCGUACAGAUUUGUUGGUGUUCCGCAUUAUCCAUAACUGCUACGUGAGCAUAUUCCCAAAAUAUUUGUAGCAGCCACCGUAAGCACAAGUGGAUGAAAAUGUCGCUGAUACUGGAACGUUGAACAAGGUAUACGAUGUCCUUUACAGAGCAAUCGAGCCAGUGGCUAACAUAAACAAUGUGUGAGAUCAAAGCUGUGCUAAAUUGUAUGUGACUUUGUUUCUCCUCUAGGUAGUUUCCGGGCGGAAAGUGCUGCGUGAAAGAAGAGCUUCAAUUCUUGUUGUUACAAUUUAAACCUGUUUUGUUUGUUUUGUUGAGUUUUCUUUAUUUAUGUUGAGUAUUUUAGUAAUUUUUUUUUCUGCAAUAUUCCCAUGUAUACUCAAAAUACUGCGUUUCUUCUGGAUUUGGUUGAAGAAUGAAGAACUUAGAGUUGCAGAAUUCUGAUGAAUGUGUGGAACCUAAUAGAAAAGAGGCGACCAUUUACACAUAUAGAUCCCAAGUCGCGUUAUUCCUACAUGCAGCUCAGUGGAUAAAGAUGGUGGCGAAUAAUUAAAAUAAAAACAAGUUUGAGGUUGUUCAAAAUUGUUUGAAGAAUUAAUACCAGAUUUAACUUUAAACCAAGUCUUUAAUUUUGUACAUGGCCCAAAUAUAAUUGCAUAACGGUAUAUAGGCCUAAGUCUGUUACUGUUAUACUUUUAUACUUUCAUCAGCUGUAGUGGCUGCUAAAAUCGUAAUUAUGAAAUUUGCCUACAUCCCAGUAUUAGCCAAUACUUUGGAACAGCUGAGACCAGGACUGUAUUCCAAUGGAGUCAAGGUUAUUUAUGCAAAUAUGAGUUAGAAUAUGAUAUAAUAAUAGGCUUACCGCAAAGAAAGUAAAACCAGAGCAGCGAUUACAGUGUGAUGGUUGGGAAAUGUAACCCGUGAAAUACGCCCUCUUCUCAAUUUACAUCAGUUAAUGUUCCAUUGUAACUGUUAAUAUAAAUAAUAAACAGAAGCAAAUUACAUGUGCCCCAACACCAAGGCUGAAGGAUAGAUAGGUAAAAAAGAAAGCCAGUUAAAAUCAAUCUGGCAGGUUUGGUUACAAACUGAUAGAAGGAUAAAGAAAAUGGUAUGCAUAGAUUUGUGAGAUGUGUAUAUAGGCCCCUGGCUUCGCUGCUUUAAAAUCAUGAUCUGUUUUUAAUAUUAUUAGUUUAUUAAUGAUAUUAUACUCUCAAGAUAUGAUAUCAUUUGAUUUUUAGCUUUAAUCUUGAAUAUAUUACUAAUAAUAUAAUUUCCGGCUCCCUUGAAAUUCAUUAUCUAUUGGUUGUUUGCUUUUAAUUACGCCACAUGGCAUUUUCGUUUUUUUUUUUCUCUUUUAACUUUUGCUUUUGUCUUUGCCGCAUGUCUUCAUUUAGUUUGUGGUUUUUCUUGUUUCAAAUGAAUAGCUAUAUAUUGAGUGUUUAUCGCAGUAUCUGUCAGUAGUUACAAUUUGAUGUCAACGAGAAUUUGAUGAAGGUAUGACGGUAUUAUUACGUAUUAGUUUGCAUUUGCUUGGUGUUUCUUAAUACUGAGAUUUGUUGUGGCAGUAGUGUAUUUUUAUGUAAAGUGGAGAGAAAGUUAUGGCAGCCAAGACGUCUUCCUCGAGAAUUCCGGUAAUUUCAAGCGGUUUUUCUUCCUUUCUCGCGGUUUUUCUUCCUUUCUCGCGAUCUCAUUUGUCAAGAUAGAUUUCGUUAGAUUUCUGACGUUUUAACCGUUACAUGUCCACAGAAGCUGUGGAGAUAUGUAGCUGUAUUGAACAAUCCAGCUACCCAGGAAAUGGUGUGACGCACCACCGAAUUAUAUGCUAAUGUUAAAACCGGAAAUUUCUUGUCAAAGUUGUUGUGAAUUCGGGAACUGCGCCUGUGUAUCUAACUGUGCUUGAACAUAUUUCAUCAUGAUUUCAAUGUUAGCAUGGUAUGUCAAAGAGCACUGAAUGUUUUGGAGUUUUUCAUACCGUAUCUAUACAGUACAGUGAUACGAGGGAUAUGUCCCACCGUUGUUGCUCUGAGUGUAUAUUACUUAACGUAAAUUACCAAAUUCAUUACUUAAGUACUUUGUGAUUUGAGCUGAUAUUAAAUCUAAGUCUUAAUCAUGCGUUUGGAUUAUUCUAGAAAACGCGAAAUGUUUAAGACAUUCCAGAACAUUGAACCGGAGACAAGUCGCUCUGUCUCGCGAAAUCACGAAAAACCUCGCCGAAGUCUCGGGGUGGAUCAGUGGCUGCCAUAACUGAGAUUAAUUUUUUUAAAUUUUUUAACAUACUUCCUGGCCAGUGAAACGUUUCGCAGAACCUUGAAAUGGAACUGUGUGAUGUUUGUCCUGUGGUGCUUUUACAUGUCCUAUCGUUAUUUUCGAUUUGUUAUCGAUAAAAAGGUGAGAAGAGAUGCAGCGUCACAGUGUGAGUCUCAUAUAUUUGCUUCUCUCACAUUACUUCACCCACUAUAGUAAAUGCAUAUGUACUAUACUGCUCAGUUUAGAUGACCUGUUCAUUUUCAGUACACUGUGCAGCCAUGCAGCUAGGAAAACUACUAAUUCCUGCGUUUUGUGAACGUGUGUAUUGGUGUCAUACAUGGUAUCAAAUGUGUUGUCAUACAUGUGUCACCCUGGCUGUCAUACUAAGUGUCAUUUAUGGUGUCAUCCGGGGUUUCAUACGUGCCAAGACAUGAUGUCAUUCUUGUUGUACAUAGUGUCAUCCUGGAUUGUCGUACACGGCGUCAUAUAUGGUGUUUUACACGAUGUCAUACAUGGUGUCAAAUAUGGUGUCGUCCUAGAUGUCACUGUGUAAUAUAUGGUGUCUUACGUGCUGUCAUUUUGGGUGUCAUGCAUGGCGUUAUCCAGGAUGUCAGACUUUGUGUGAUACGUGGUGUCUUACCUGUUGUCAUCUUGGGUGUCAUGCAGGGCGUUAUCCUGGAUGUCAGACAAUGUGUGAUACAUGGUGUCUUACCUGUUGUCAUCUUGGGCGUCAUGCAGGAUGUUAUCCAGGAAGUCAGACAUUGUGUGAUACAUGGUGUCUUUCCUGUUGUCAUCUUGGGCGUCAUUUUAGGUGUCAUGCAUGGCGUUAUCCUGGAAUUCAGACAAUGUGUGAUACAUGGUGUCUUACCUGUUGUCAUCUUGUGUGUCAUAUAUAGUGCUAUCUUCGAUGUCAAAUAAUGUAUGAUACAUGGUGCCUUACAUAGUAUCAUACAUGGCGUCAAGAAAUUUGUGAGACACCUCGUCAUGCAUGACGGACACCUCCUAUAAUCUCCUAUUCUCUAUGCACAUAUUAUUACUAAUCCACUGUUGUAUCUAAGACACAACAUUUCACACAGCCUGGUACUGUGUAACUGGUUCAUACUAUGACAAGAAAGACUCCGAGGUUGGUGGUUUAUUCCAGUACUCCGGUUUCCUCUACCGCUCUGACAACAUAAUCAUCUCCAGGUACAGUGGACAGUAAGAGAGAUACUCGUUGAGGACGGCGUUAGACUCUCAAACGAUUGGGAUAUAUAUGCUUUAAGCUAUGCAUUUGUGUAAGUGUUGGUUAGUUUUAAUAUAAAACUGUAAUUGUGCACGUUGAAGUAUUCUGGUGCAGAAAAGCGUCGAGAUUGAAUGGAAAUAUCCAGUGCGUUAAUUUUUGUGUGCAUUAAUAUUAGUCUACUUGUAUUUUUCCAUUCACAAGCUUGAGUCUGUUCUGUGUUGUAAGACAAAAGAUAUCAGUUUGGAAACUGGGUACAUCUGGAGUAAUAUUUGCACCUAGCACAACGUUGUAAGCAUUUUUCUCUGCUGCAUAGUUUUGUUAUUUAGUAGGUCUGCAAGUAGUCGUUCUUGUGGCUUUCACUCAGUAGGAUUCGUGCAUGACAUUUUACAGGGGGAAAAACAGUGAACGUAAGUUCAUAUACCAAUGAAAAGCAUUUUAAAGGCUUCUUCGAAUAGAAAUCCACUAUAAUGUUGUAUGUUGUAUUUUUAUGGAAUGUAUCAUCUUGCAUUGACUUUGUAUUUAAUGGUGUCAACAAUGGCUGAAAUUUUUGGCAAAAUGUUAGCUGUCAGCUCUUAUUUUUCCGUUUGACUCUCUUGUAAAAGUUGUUAUGUAGAACUUCACAGCCGAAGGGUUGUGCUUCACGUACAAUUGGAUCCACUUUCUGUAUGGUUAUCUCCCUUUGCUUUUUGUCCAAGAUUGAAGUCUCUUAAAUUACAUGUGAACUUCAAAUGCAGCGCAAGAAAUAUUGGUUGGAAACGUUUCUGUGUUCCAAGUGCUUCACAUUGUCAGCUUGGAACGUUAUACGUGAAAAACAAGAACGAUAUCGAUGGAUAACUUGUAUCAAUAAGUGUACAGCCUGGACUAGGAGUUAUUCUGUGAUGUUUUUUAUUCAAAUCUAUCAAAAUCGUCAACACCAUUCAUUGUUCAACACAGGGUUUCAGUCUUGGUUCUGUAAAGAGGCAAAAGAUGGCACGACCUCAUCAUUAUAGAUGUACAUUACAUCAAUCAAUGCUCAAAAUCAUGCACUACAUCAUGCAUUUACUUAUCGGUUGAUAAUGGUGUAUAUAUACAUAUAUACACGUAUAUCUCUUAAAAACAUAUAUUUUCUGUAAAUUUGGUAACUUUUUGACACGCAUAUUUGACUAUUUAUCGUUGCCAUGAAACUGUGUAUGAUUUGUUGGUUUAUUUCGUGUUCAUUUCUGAUGUAGUAUUGAUAUGUAUAUUAGAUUUCGUUGACGCACGUGACUGAAAACUAUUAUCUAAGUUUAUGCAUAACAAUACAUUCCAUCAGUAUUUUUGGUAUUUCUAUAUUUUGUACUAAAUGUCGAUUUAUUAAAGACUAAAACGUUAC